GACUUCCGCUUCCGGUGAGCCUAAAGUCCGCCCUCUGUGAAAUGGGUUUGCUGGUGGGCUGUUGAUUAUGUUGACUCACACGUGUUAGGGGCUUUUUUGUGUGUUUUAAGAGACUUAAAUCGAAUCAGCGUUUAUCGCCCUCCGUGCUUAAUGUGAGAUCGCUCUGUUUUUGACAGAUUCUUCUUUCAUUUGUGUUUGUUCAUUUCGAAACUCCAGCAGCGUUAGCAGCCCGUCAGCUAACAGCAGCAGGGUAACACACCGGUCUGCUCUCAUCUAAGGGCCACUGCACACUGAAAUGUGACAAGUGCCUAGUUUACACAGACGUUUUACCUGCCUUUGAAUUCAGCAAACCGGGUUUCUCUCAUAUUACGCGCUUUUUUUUCACGAAGCCGCAUUACAUACAUCAUGGGGGCUUACUUGUCUCAACCCAACACGGAGAAAACCACAGGCAACGGCGGGAAUAAGAGCAUGAACUUCGGCUUCGCGGCCAUGCAGGGCUGGCGAGUGUCUAUGGAGGACGCGCACAACUGCAUCCCGGAGCUGGACGAUGAAACCGCGAUGUUCGCGGUCUAUGAUGGUCAUGGAGGUGAAGAGGUUGCUUUGUAUUGCUCCAAGUUUUUACCUGACAUCAUUAAAGAGCAGAAGGCGUAUAAGGAUGGCAAGCUGCAAAAGGCUCUGGAAGAAGCGUUCCUGGCUAUAGAUGCCCGAAUCACCACAGAGGAAGUCAUCAAGGAGCUUGUUCAGAUAGCUGGACGUCCUCGGGACGAAACCGAAAAAGUAGCAGAUGAAGAUGAUGUUGAUAAUGAAGAAGCAGCUCUGCUGCAUGAAGAGGCCACCAUGACAAUUGAGGAGCUGCUUAGCCGCUUCAGACAGAACCAAAACAAAAAUGCCAAAAAGCCGUGUCCAGGUGCCUCUAAAGAGUCUGUGGAUGGAGAGAAAUCUUAUGCUGAGAAGACAAUCAAUGGUGAGACGGGAAGCAGGGCUUCUGAAACAGACAGCAAUGGGAAGGAGAAGGCAGCCGGUGCUGGAGAUGCGGCCGGAGGCUCCAAGAUGAGGGCCUGUAGACGGGCGGCUGCAUCCGGUGGGAGUAGUGGCUCUUCUGAUGGAUCUGCUGAGAAGUCUGUGUCGACUGGGGAUGCUGGUCCUUCCUGCUCCUCAUCUGCAGCUGCUGCUCCAGGAAGUGCCAAGUCCAAGUUCUUCGAGGACAGUGAAGAGUCAGAGGAGGGAGAAGAUGAAGAGGAUGGUAGUGAGGAAGAGGACUGCAGUGAGGAGGACGCUGAGAACAGCAGUGAGAACGAUGAAGAGGAUGACACGGACGAGGGAGAGGAAGAGGAUACAGAUGAAGAGGAGGAAAUGUGCUUGCCAGGCAUGGACGGAAAAGAGGAGCCAGGUUCAGACAGUGGCACCACAGCUGUAGUUGCUCUUAUUCGUGGGAAGCAGCUCAUUGUGGCCAAUGCUGGAGACUCCAGAUGUGUGGUGUCUGAAAAGGGAAAGGCAGUGGACAUGUCCUAUGACCACAAACCAGAGGACGAGCUGGAGCUGACCAGAAUAAAGAAUGCUGGUGGGAAGGUGACGAUGGACGGCCGCGUCAAUGGAGGCCUGAACCUCUCCAGAGCGAUUGGCGAUCACUUUUAUAAAAGGAACAAGGCUCUUCCCCCAGAGGAGCAGAUGAUCUCUUCUUUACCUGAUGUCAAAGUGCUGACUCUCAAUGAAGACCAUGAGUUUAUGGUUGUUGCCUGUGAUGGCAUCUGGAAUGUGAUGAGCAGUCAAGAAGUGGUGGACUUUGUAAAUGAGAGAUUGAAAACCGAGGCUGGUAAAAACAGACCCCUGUCUGCCAUUAUUGAAGAGCUGCUGGACCACUGCUUAGCGCCAGACACCUCAGGAGACGGCACAGGAUGUGACAACAUGACCUGUGUAAUUAUCUCCUUCUCACCACACCUUGGGAGCAACAUAGGUGAGAGCACCAAGAAGCGAAAGCCAGAGGAAAGCGCAGCGGAGGAAAACGGCAACUACAGCAAAAAAUCCAAAACUGAAUAGAAGUGCUGUUGUUGAAUGUGCUGAUUAUUUUCAGGACACUUUCCCCUUUGAAUACAGGCCACUGGGAAAAUUUUAAGGAUGGCUCCAUAAGAAAGAGCGUUUUAGUUUUAAACAAUUCAAAGACGCAAGCAACUAGAACUGUUAACCCAGACCAUUUGUUCUUUUUUUUUUGUUUGUUUAAUAUGUCCAUCAACAAUAUCCGUAAUUGAUAAUUGAAUAAACAAAGCACAGCAUGGUAGCAGAGAUGAUGACACACACACACACGAGUCUGUGUCCUGAUGUAUCCGUCUCGUGCAUUGUACCCUUGUUUAUGUACAUAGU